AUGCGGGCCCCUAUGCCCGACCGGCCUCCGCCUGAGGUUGAAAAAUUUGAUGGCAUGACGAAUCCGGAUCAUCAUUUGCAGAACUUUAUUGACUUCAUGGCUUUCUACACUCAAAGUGAUCCGGUAAAAUGUCAGGCGUUCUCCCUGUCAUUAAAGGGUGAAGCCCUAGAGUGGUAUUACACGCUUCCACCCAACUCGGUGGACAGUUUCCGCACGCUGACGAGUAUGUUCAAAAAGCAAUACUCCACCAACCGGCACGAGGAGGUUACUGUGGCCGAGCUAGUCAACCUCAGAAAGGGGAAAGAUGAAACUCUCAGAGCCUUCAUGCAUCGAUACAAUCAUGCCGCUCGAAGGAUAAACGGCGCCAGUCCUGAGUUCAUCAUUAGCAGUCUACCCAAUUGCCUAAAAAUGGGUUUCGUCUCAGAAAGCCUAUAUGCCAAGUUGCCCAAAACAUUAGAAGAGUUGCAACAAAAAAUGGCCAAAUUUAUCAAGAUGGAAGACCAGAAGAUCUUUCGGAAACAGCAGCAUGAAGAACACCCGGUGAACGGCAACAAGGAGGGGAAGCGUCGGGUUGAGAGCGCCCGGGAUCAGAAACCCCCGACGAAUCUAAACCCUAGGUACGAUCGCUAUGCGUACCUCACUGUCCCUAGAGAAAAGGUGCUGGAAAGGGCUUUGCAGUCCAACCUGAUCUUUCAAAGAAGAAAAUUUCCACCUAAGAAUGUGGACCCGGUGCAGAUUUGCCGAUUCCAUAAUUCAGGAGGCCACACCACUGAAAGCUGUCAAACUCUCAAAGAUGAAUUGGAGAAGCUGAUCCGCGCUGGACACCUCCGAGAAUUCGUGAAAGAGGAAUCCACCCGCGCCGGACACUCCCCAAGAAAGUCGCGGAGAAGCCCAGACCAUAUACAGCAGAAGGGUAACCACUCACGCGAUCGUUCCCAUAGUCCUCCAAGGCAUAGGUCUCGUAGCCGACCUAGGGAGCGAGAUCUCAUGGUAAAGGGCGGGAUCGAUACUAUUUCGGGCGGAUUUGUUGGAAGAGGUGCAUCAUCCUCAGCUCAAAAGAGACAUUUGAGGCGCCUACACAGCGUUCAUUCGGUGGUACGAAAUCCAGUGUCAAUGCCCGCGAUAACUUUCACGGACAAGGAUUUCCAUGCACCAGAUCCUGACCAAGAUGAUCCUAUGGUCAUCACAGCCCGUAUUGCACAAUACGAUGUAGGCAAAGUCCUCGUAGACCAAGGCAGUUCAGUCAAUAUACUAUACUGGACAACAUUCCGAAGAAUGGAAAUUGCAGAAGAUGUAAUUGCUCCAUUUAGCGAGCAUAUUGUUGGCUUCGCCAGAGAAAGAGUAGACACCCGAGGGUAUCUCGACUUACGAACCCGCCUGGGGACAGAUGAUGAUGGUAAAGAACUUUGA